AUGUUAGCAGAGGAGCCAAUCCCUGGUGGUUACUUGGAGGACUCUAUGGAGGCUCCAAGAGCUGUGGGUGAGCAACAGUCGUCGGUUGAGGUCCCUGCUACGCAUUUUACAGCUACGGAAGAUCAGAGCCAUCAAGAUGAAUUUGAAGAAGCCCAGGAUGAUUCGUCUCCGUUUACUGCCUGUUCAAGGAGAGGCAGAAAAAGCAGCAGAAAGAGGCCACGACUAAGCCGAAAACAGGUGAAAGAUGAAGUAACAGAGCAAAUUCCAGGAGUAACUUCGGAAGCGGCAGCAGAAGCUGCUGUGGGCCCCCCGAGUGCUCCAUAUCCGACGCCUCAGGGAGUGUGCAUGCAAAAUGCGCAGUGGCUGCCGUUACAGCAAAAGAAUGAGCCAAUGGAGCUGAGGGGGCCCAUCGGUGCCGCCGAAGGACCUCCAACAGAAGCAGAAGUGCGAGCGUUGAUUUCCUUCCUUAUCAGGAAGCCUUUAAACAUACUUAAGCUUGCCCCCUGCCUCAUGCAAGAAGUGGAGAGGGCCUGGUGGAGGACUCGGCAGCAGCAGCAACAGGGGCAAGAAGGGCAGCUGCAGCAGCAAAACCAAAUCAAGGGGCUCUCUCAACUUGAAACGUCUGAACAGUCAGACGGAUUGAUCAAGCAAGAUCUGUCGGCCAGCCCCAUAGAGGGCCUCACGGGCGGGGCCCCAGUCGAUGCAGCGGAUACUUCGCAGUCGCCAUCAGCAGCUUCUGCUUCCGCAUGCGGUAUCAGUACAUUUGCGGCGGCGGAAUCAUAUGCAGGUGAGGCAGAUGCUGCUGCUGCCUCUGCAUCGUCUCGCUCGACACUGGACUCCUCACCGAAGUUGGCAGUAGAAGGGGGCCCCGCGGGGCCCCCCGUUGGACACCCUCCGGGGCCUGGAAUGCCUCAUAUGAGGCCCCGUGUAGCCUCUACAGGGCCGCCGCCAUUGGAGUGGAUAGGCGGGUGA